AUGGCCGAUUCCAUGAAUCUGGUCACGGCGCAAAUAUCAUUCUUGCCAAUCUUACGACUUCUUUUUGGCGAAGAUCACGACGAGGAUGCCGCAAAGAUUUCUUGGACCAACCGACAUGAUUUCCUUAAUGUCUCCAUCACCCCUAUUGAGUGCUCCAUCAUCUGCUCAAGGUAUCUAGCAGAUCGAUUCAUCCUGCCCCUGGCCGAGGCCCUCAAUACAUUAUAUGCAAGGAAUCCCAAAGGUCUCAAAAUGGAAAUUCAAAUCAGUGCCGAAGAUUACAUUGUCAUUCAAGUUGACGGACAGGGACUCGAUGCAGGGCAAAGGGUAUUGGAACUCACUUCCCCUCUAGCUAUGGCUGGGAUAAGCAUCUUCUUCAUUACGACGUAUUUUUCUGACUACAUCUUGGUUCCUUUUCGCUCGCGAAGAACCGUCACCCAAGCGCUCCAACAGCGAGGAUUCGUGUUUUCUCAAACCGCCGAUGCGUUCGUCUCGCAACUUUCACCGUCGUCCCCAACACUUCCUCAUGGCGGGCGCUCCAUUACCACAUCACCGUUCUACGAAAACUCGGCACCCACUACUCCUCCGGCCAAGGACAUCCCCGAACUUCAAAUCCGGACCUUUACCAAACUUCAGCGACAUAAUAUCAGUCCUUUGGUUGAUGACAGCGUUCGCCUGGCUAACUGUGCGGGUAGUCGCGAGUACAACCAGACCAAUGAGGAACAACUGAAGAACGAUCUUCUACAGGUUUUACUGUCCACAAGCUCCCUUCCCCAAAGGACACCUUCAACAUCAUCAUCCAAAACAGCUAGUACACUUGGCCUCGAGAAUUCAUCGGCAAGUACAAGUUCCAGACCAGAUUUCGGAGCCAAAUUCCUCUCUUUGACCAUCACCGCUGGAGAACCGAUCUCUGUGCUCUUGGAACGCCGACUCCUCGAUCGCCUCGGUGAGUCAUUACUAGGCGCCAAGUCCGAAGACGACGUAUUAAUCCCCAUUACUCUGGACCUACGUGAGUUGCCGCUCGAUGCCACGGGCAUUGUAUGUGGAGUUGCAGGUCGACUGGCGCAGGGCAGUGCGGAGGGAGAAGACGGAUUGAACAACAACAGUCCCAAAAUGCUUGGGACCACAAUCAACACCGAGCCGGUGGAAAUUUCAUUCUUGAGUACGGCCAGGGCGGGCACUGUGAUCGUCAAGGCCAGUCAGUUGGAACAAGCACUCGACGCAUUGGAAUAUGGUAUGAAAAGGGCAACAACUUCAUCGACCUGA